AUGUCCCAGCUGGAGACGGUGCAGGUGACCAGGAGCCCUGAAGUACCUUCCUUUCACAAUUCAUCCUGGACCUCGCCCGUUCCGAAACCGGCCUCGAUCUCCAGUCCUUUUGGUCCCCGAUGGAAGAUCUCCAGUGACCGUUACGAUUUCCACCGAGGGAUCGACUAUUUUGAUGAAGAUGAUACCGAGCUCUAUGCCAUUGCGGAUGGCGUGGUGUUUCAACACCGAGAGUUCACAGAUGGUGGUACCACAACAGUGAUUGAGCAUGAACUGGAAAACCCAUCAGAUGCCAUGUUUCAUGACAGAAAGAUCAAUAAGGUCUUUUCUUACUACAAUCACUUGAACAGCCGGACCACCACCGAAGGUCAAGCUGUGCAGAAGGGAGAAGUGAUUGGCAGAAUGGGCCAAACGGGCUCAACAACUUUCACGCAUUUGCAUUUCACCACACGCUUAGUGGGUUACUGCACUCUUCAGUACCAAGUGGCCAACAAUCGUGUACCAACGGCUUCCUCUGAGUGUGCCACUGGAUUUGAUCCCGCCGUACAUCCUUAUCUCUUCGUGGGGGCGGAACCCAGGUUGGGUCUGAAGGAGUUGUAUGAAAUCCAGCCCAAGAACUCGAGCUUUGCCUUUGCAGUGCGCUACAACACCAGCCGGGGCCACUUAGAUUUGGAUGUCAUUGAGACGGAUUUUGGGAAGAUUUCCUUCAACACUAGAGCUGGGAUAUGGGGGAAGCAGACCAUUGAAGGCCUGGAUGAUUUGGAUAACAUUACAAGCUGGAUGUCACUCAAUCCAGGAAUCUUCCGAAGUACAACGCCGGAUGAGAUUUACUACGAAAUGCAUUUUUUCCAAAAACCUGCAUAUCUUGAAGUGCUAGAUAUUUAUGGAGAAGGCAUUCGUUGGAACGCAGUAGGCUCCUCCAGCAGCUCAAGUUCUUCCUCCACCAGCUCAAGUUCUGCAGAGCCAACUGGAGCUGGCUCCUCCACCAGCUCAAGUUCUUCAGACCCAGCUGAAACUGGCUCCUCCACUAGCUCAAAUGCUUCAGAAGCAACUAGCACAGCAACUGCCAAAGCCUCGGUAAUGGCCAAUCUUGCUAUGACCGGAAUCCUCCUUGACACGGGCCUGGCCUUUUGGAAGCUUCGAAAGGCGGUGAAGAUCGAGUUCAAGCCGCGCUUCCCCUUUGUCCAAUUUGGUGGCCAGAAGGGCUAUGAGGAGGCGGGCACAGACAAGUAUGACGAGGAAGCCUUGCGAUACAUGUAUGCGAUCGCACUGCCGCUCUUCUUGGGCUUCACGGUGCGUUCGAGCCUCUAUGAGAAGGCCGUUCGACCCCCCCCGUUGGACGCCCUGGAUCAGACGCGUCCGCAAUGA